ACUCCUAACACAGUACAGCGACGACGACAGAUUAACCGAGAGCGAUCGAUCAACCAAAUCAGAAUCAGGGCAAGAAACAAUGGCGCAGCUGGUGGACAAGGCGAAGGGGUUCGUGGCGGACAAGGUGGCGCGGGUGGAGAAGCCGGAGGCGGAGCUGGCCGAGCUGUCGUUCCAGAGCGUGGGCCGCGGCGGCGCCACCCUCGCGGGGCGCGUGGACGUGCGCAACCCCUACUCCCACUCCAUCCCGAUCUGCGAGGUGAGCUACUCGCUGAAGAGCGCCGGGAGGGAGGUGGCGUCGGGGACGAUGCCCGACCCGGGGUCGCUCACCGCCGGCGACACCACGCGGCUGGACAUCCCGGUGAAGGUGCCGUACGACUUCCUGGUGAGCCUCGCCAGGGACGCCGGCAGGGACUGGGACAUCGACUACGAGAUGAGGGUCGGCCUCACCGUCGACCUCCCCAUCCUCGGCAACUUCACCCUGCCGCUCACCAAGUCCGGCGAGCUCAAGCUCCCCACCCUCUCCGACGUCUUCUAAAUCGGCAUCGUGCACACGUACGGGCCGAGUGUACGAGAACUUGUGUAUUUCCAGACUUCUGGAGUAAUAAUAAAGAACACGAGUGGUUGGUUAAUCGCGAA